AUGGAAGAGUUUUUCAAACUCAAUUUUAAUGGAAGUUCGUUUGGAAACCUAAGCCUCGCUGGUUUUGGAGGUAUUGUAAGAGAAUGGAAUAGAGUUGUAGUAUUCUCCUUUUCAGGACUAUUGGGGGAGAAAACGACAAACUUUGCUGAACUUAUGGCGCUUUUCAAUGGACUAAAACUCUUUGUAGACAAAAUGGUGGGGACGUAUUGUGUGGUGGAAGGGAAUUUGUCGAAUGUUAUCAACUGGUAUAAUGGGAUCCUAAAACCGCUAUGGGAACAUCGCUCUAUCCUGCUGCAGAAUUGGGACUUGUCUAGAUCCUUCACAUUUUCAUUUGUUCAUGUCUUUCGAGAGGCUAAUGUUGUGGCAGACUAUCUUGCUAAAGGUGGCUCUACCUUAACUGAGAUUGUGGUCUCAAAUUCUGUAAUCUCUUUUUAG